AUGCCGGCAUGCUCAGAAAUUCCGCACGGACCUAGCAAGCUCAGCAGAGGAUAUCGCCUUUCGAAUAUUCCCUUCCAAGGUAUUGCUUUUGCACACUCGUCCAAUAUCGUUAUGCAGCCAAUUGACAUGUCAAGACAGAUAUUGGAGCUGCAAGAGAUGAUCCAGUCGUUCGAUUCGUCUUCUUCGCCUUUCCACCCGUCUCACGCCUUCGACGACAAUCCGAUGCAACAGUAUACCCUCCUCCUGACAGCCAUCCUCUCUGAAGAACCUCCAAACAAAAAGCGUCGACUAUCUGGUCCAACUGAUAACAAUGCCUACAGUAAUGCUCGCUCCACCAACACCGUUGUAGCGAACAGGCAUAUAUCCGGUCUACAUGCGAUCAUCAAACGGGAGUGCGAGCAAUUAUCGUCCACGGUCGAUCAAGUGAAAAUGUGGAUAACUCUGACGAUGCCAAAGUUCGAUCGAAGAGGGUUCAAAUCCAAGAAGGUUGUCUUGGCAUCUAAUGGUUACAUCUUUUUUAACAUUGCUGGUUCAGAGGUCCUUUCCGAACUGCAUCGUGCACAAGAAAGUGCAUAUAACCUACGUGACAGUGCUCGUCAAGAUUACAUCACCAGGACAAAGCUAUGCUCUAAGCUGAUCAAGUAUCCCAACGUAGAAGACUACACGUUGGCUUUGAAAGAACAUGAUGAAAAGCAGAUUUAUUUUUCCCGUCAGCACAUUAUAGAUAUCCGCAACAUGUAUGCGUCACUGAUGGACCUCAUACAAAAGAACAUUACCAAGAUUCGCGCCCCAAAGACAAACAACAGUCGUGCACUCUAUUAG